AUGUCUCAAUCAGCCAAGAGCAAAGGAAAACAGCGCGACCCUCCGCCAUCCCUCUUUCUCCAUCCAUCUCCCGCCGCCUCUCAUGCUUCGCUACCGGGUAUUCUUGCGCCGGGAGCGCCGGGAGCGCCAGCGACAUCGUCGGCAGGCGUCUCACCCCUACCUCAGCCUGCCUUGAAUCUGCAACGCAACGGAUCUCUUCACACUGGCUCCGUGGUCACGCCGUCUGUUGCUCGUCCUGCCCGGAAUCUCAAGACAUCCGCCAGUACCCGGAGCACCGACAGGACCGACGCUCUAUGGGCCGAGAUGCAGGCGACGCUCGAAGAAGUAGAGUUGUCCGCGUCAGGUGGAACUCACGUCUUUGGCCCGGAUCACGACCGCAAACUAGAGGAGCUGAGGGCAGCCCAAAUUGCUCUGGCACAGGCCUGGGCACGAAGCGAGGCGGACGAGGCCAUUGAGAUGACGGGACAGCGUUCCAGCACAUCAGCAGCCGGAGAGGAAGUUCGUAACCUCAAGGGCGCGGUCUUGGGAGAGACGGGCGUGACACCAGACAGCAAUGAGGGUCCACGAAGCACAGGAAGCAACAGUGGUCGCCCAGGCAGCAGUGGAGGCACAGAACGCCUUGGUGCUAAGCUCGAGCAAGAGACGGAGGUGGACAUCCUGCUGGCACGAAAGAGGCGCGAGGCCAACGAUCGGUACUUCCAACGGGUCAACCAGGGCGUUAUUGACGUCGUUGCCAAACUCGAGGAUGUUGCUGUUGCAAUGCGAGCUGUCGAACAAGAGACCAAGGACAUCUGGGGCGAAAACGAUAGCAUGGCAGGCAGUGCAAAAGGGUAG